ACUAAUAAGUGAUCCACCACACCGUAUUCUUUGUGGACUUUUGUGCUGGUAUCUCAAAUCCAAGUCUAUCUUCCGAGCAUCGCGGCAGCAUGGUGUCUAUACCGGAAAGAAUGUCGUAUCUUCAACUAAGUCACAAGGACCAUAACUUACAUGUCUACAUUUCACUUCUGCUGCUUCGCUGAUACACCAUUCGGCCACUUCUACGAAACUACGCAGCACUUAAACGGUGCUUUGACCCUCGGAUCCUGUACUGCACAUGGACGUGAUUCACUGAGGACCCACUUUUGUGACGGUGAUUUCCUGCCAAGUAUUGCUUUCUGCCCACCUAAUCCUAUCAUGUAUCCCCAUUUUACGGUGUGAUAAUGGCAAAUCCUGUACAACCUCCAAACACUGGGGUUAGAAUCCGUCCUGUCAUUUUCGAUGCCUUUCCCGCGUCAUAUCAAGAAGAAAUCAUACUUCUGCACAAGUUUUUUGAGGAAAAUGGAUAUGAGCUCCGAUUUUCGGGUGGCUCCGCUCGUGACAUGCUACUGGGCAUACGCAUCACCAAGUUAAAAUUUACAACCACCGCAACUCCCGCACAAAUGAUUAGAAUAUUUCAACGAGAGAACAUCACCAGAUUAGAUCGAAAUCCUGAAUCGCACGGAAGAGUAGCCAUCCGCAUGAACAAUACGCCAACUAUCAAGAUAACAAGCCUAAGAAGAUGCAACACGCCUGAAGGAAGUUGUGUUGAACAUGAUUUCACUGACGAAUGGUGGUUGGAGGCGGCUCGGCGGGAUUUCACAGUGAACUCCCUUUUCGUCAGAUUAGACCUGUCCAAUGUGUCGGUUGCGAAUGACGAGCAGAUGGCCUGUGAUGACCGCACAGUCUCGGAGGAUCAACACACUGAUUCUUCCGUUCAAGGCGAUAUAUACGACUACUUUGGUGGGGUGGAUGAUUUGCUGCAAGGGCGGAUUCGAUUCGUCGGUGACCCAUCCACCCGCAUUUGUGAGGAUCACCUUAGAAUCCUGCGGUAUUUUCGCUUUCACGAGCGUUUCACGAGACCACCUGAGCUAGACAUUCACGAUGAUGACAUCCUAAAGCUUUUGUCAAUAUACGUUGGGUCCGGCCGAUCUAACAGUUCUCCAUACUCCGCAUGCCAAUCAUAUGCCACUUCCUGCGACUAGUAAAUGAGUAGCACCCCACAAUUGAUGAUCGCGACUGCGAGCAUGGUGCCGCCACCACCGAAAUCUUGUUUGCAUCAAGCCGCCUGUCAGGACCAUGUCCGACCCUCCCCGAGUUUUACAUUCCAGAUCCUGUCUCCUGAAAAACUGCGGAAGCUCCUGGCCCGUCUGCUCGGAACGUCACCUUGGCUCCAAGCUACCACCACUUCCACUCUACCGGUGCUAAUAACGGCUAGCAUGGUCAACAAGCUCUGGGAAACGGUUCCCCAAAGACCACAUGCGGGAUUCUUCGUGGGAUGAGGAUCGUCAUCGCGGUGGACUGGUGCGGUGGGGUAGUGACACCUCCCAAGCGCACCGUUGGGCCUGCAGCGGAAGAAAUGUCCUGUCGGCUUAUUUCGGGAUUAGCAAGUAUUUUUGCAGUCCGGAGCCCGUCCCGACAGCUUACUGAUAAUGCACUCCAGUACACACCCCAAUAUCAAAUAAGCCCGAAACCAGCUAACUCCACGCGGCUCCCUUCUGUGUACCUGCGCCCCCAUCCUCACUUGAUCUCCCCACGUGACAUCCCUAUCGAAGGCUUCCCUCAUUCAGCCUUCCAGUGGGAGACUCUUGUGAUGAACAUGAAUCAUGCACACUUCCGUAUGCUGAGACAUGGGAUUUUAUUCUUGUUUAUAUCUUCCGAUCCAUUUGUUUAACAGAUAAUGCAUACCAAUCACUCGCUCUCCUCGUGAGUCAGGUGGUACA